AUGCAGGCGGUGUAUUCUUCUGGUAUCUAGUAAGUAGCUUGAGCAUGAGUUACAGUCAUUUGUUGGAAUCAUUUGUUGGAAUCAUUUCAAACAAUUGGGGCGGCAGUAGCUCAGGAGGUAGAGCGGUCGUCCAAUAACCGGAAGGUUGGCGGUUCGAUUCCCCCCUAAUCCAAGUCUGUCCGUUGUGUCCUUGGGCAAGACACUUAACCCACCUUGCUCCCAGUGUGUGUCCUCCACUGGUGUAUGAUUGUGAGUGUUGUGUGGUGGUGGUCGGAGAGGCCGUAGGCGCACAAUGGCAGCCACGUUUCCACCACCACCAAAGUGUGACUGUGUGAGCCAAUGAAUGAUGUAUCCAAUGUAAAGCGCUUUGAGGGUCUCUGAUGAAGCGCUAUAUGAAAUCUGAUGCAUUAUUAUUAUUAUUAUUAAUCUAUCUGUGCUUGUGUUUACUGGCUUCGGCUUCUUUGUCGUUUUUGUUUCAGUCAUAUUGGUCCAAGCCAUAGAAACCGUAUGUGCAUCUCACUGGAGCCUGCCCAGCUUCUUAAAGGAGACAUCAUGGUAUUGAAAUUAAUCAAUCAAUAAAUAAAAAGAUGCCUCUUUUUAAAAGUUUCUCAAAUCUGUGUUGAGAGUUUUUUUCUUUUUUGUAUUUUUCUCUGUAGAUCAAAUGUUAUCAUAAGAGUGACGUCACUUCAGAGCGUAAAGUCAUUUUCCGGCUGCAGUUCCACACGGGAGCAGUGCAGGGCUACAACCUCAUGUUUGAAAAGGAGGACAUGGAGACUGCCAACAAAGGUAGACCUGACAGUAAAUAAAAGAGAACAGGUCUCAACAUGCUGAUGUUAGCUCCUCUUCUGCUCCGUGCAGCAUCUGCAGGGUUUUGUCUGCAGUUAACUUAGUAUUGGCACCUGAGACUGGUUAUCUUAUUUUCCAAAACAUGAGACAAACUUGAGAAUACUACACCAUUCAUCUUUUUCAAUGGGAUUCCUGUGUGCUUACAUUUCAGAUCCCAGAUUUCCAGAUUAUGGAAAAGUGGAGCUGGUGUUUUCUGAAGGUCCAGAGAGGAUCCCAGGUAGUUUGCUUACCUUUCUUCUUUUUAAGUGGUAGUAGAAAAAGCAGACUCUGGGCUUUCUCCAGUGUUCCCUUAGUGCUGUGUCGUGCUCUGUUUUCCUCCCCCUCUGCCCUCCUGGUGAAAGGGGAUGUGGAAUUCUGCUGA